AGGUCUGACUGUAACGUUAUCACCCCAGCAUACUAAAAACGGUUAAAGGGACUUGAGUGGAGUAAUGGUGGUAAAUACGGUCCACUGGUUCAGGAAGGGCUUGCGGCUCCACGAUAAUCCAUCACUAAGAGACUCCAUCCAGGGAGCGCACAAUGUCCGCUGUGUGUACAUCCUUGACCCCUGGUUCGCCGGAUCAUCGAACGUCGGGAUCAGCAGGUGGAGGUUUUUACUGCAGUGUUUGGAAGACUUGGAUGCCAGCCUCCGCAAACUAAACUCACGACUCUUCGUUAUCCGUGGCCAACCCACCGAUGUCUUCCCCAGGCUGUUUAAGGAGUGGAAUAUUACUCGUCUGUCCUACGAGUACGACUCAGAGCCAUUUGGAAAGGAGCGAGAUGCAGCCAUCAAGAAGCUGGCCAAUGAGGCAGGCGUGGAGGUGAUUGUUCGCAUCUCUCACACGCUCUACGAUCUGGACAAGAUCAUUGAGCUGAAUGGAGGCCAGUCUCCGCUCACGUACAAGCGCUACCAGACUCUCAUUAGCAGGAUGGAGUCUGUGGAGAUCCCGGCAGAGACCAUCACAGCAGAAGUCAUGGGGGCGUGCACCACUCCUGUCUCUGAUGACCACGAUGAGAAGUUCGGGGUUCCUUCUUUGGAAGAGCUUGGCUUUGACACAGAGGGCCUGUCCUCAGCCGUGUGGCCUGGAGGAGAAACAGAGGCCCUCACUCGUCUAGAGAGGCACCUGGAGAGGAAGGCUUGGGUGGCCAACUUUGAGCGUCCAAGAAUGAAUGCCAAUUCACUGCUGGCCAGUCCCACUGGCUUAAGUCCGUAUUUAAGAUUCGGCUGCCUCUCCUGUCGACUCUUCUACUUCAAACUCACAGACCUCUACAGAAAGGUCAAAAAGAACAGCUCACCUCCUCUGUCCCUUUAUGGCCAAUUACUGUGGCGUGAAUUCUUUUACACGGCCGCCACCAACAACCCACGCUUCGACAAGAUGGAAGGCAACCCCAUUUGUGUGCAGAUCCCGUGGGACAAAAACCCAGAGGCUUUAGCCAAGUGGGCUGAGGGCAGGACGGGUUUCCCCUGGAUCGAUGCCAUCAUGACCCAGCUGAGGCAAGAGGGCUGGAUCCACCAUCUGGCCCGACACGCAGUCGCCUGUUUCCUCACCCGUGGAGACCUGUGGAUCAGCUGGGAGGAGGGCAUGAAAGUCUUUGAGGAGCUGCUGCUGGAUGCAGACUGGAGUGUGAAUGCAGGAAGCUGGAUGUGGCUGUCCUGCAGCUCCUUCUUCCAGCAGUUCUUUCACUGCUACUGUCCCGUGAGCUUCGGCCGUCGCCCCGACCCCAACGGAGACUACAUACGGCGAUAUUUGCCAGUGUUGAGGGGUUUCCCAGCCAAGUAUAUCUACGACCCCUGGAAUGCUCCUGAAAGCGUCCAGAAAGCAGCCAAAUGUAUAAUUGGUGUACACUACCCCAAACCCAUGGUGCUUCACGCAGAGGCAAGCCGCCUCAACAUAGAGCGUAUGAAACAGAUCUACCAGCAACUGUCCUGCUACCAUGGCCUGGGACUGCUGGCAACAGUGCCGUCCAACGCUAAUGGAAAUGGUGAGAAUUCCACAACCUUAAUGGGAUUCCAAACAGGAGAUGUGACCAAGGAAAUCACUGCAUCUUCAGGCUAUCAGAUGCCACCCACCUCACAAGGUGAAUGGCACGGCAGGAUGGUUUACUCACAAGGAGACCACCAAACAACCAGCAGCAUGUCACUGCAAGGUUUUGCAGGCAACAGUAGUGGCACAAUGUGCUACAGGCAAGACUUAAGUCUUGCUGUACAGCCAGGACGAGGGCUGCACAGCACCAUCCUGACAUCUGGAAAACGACACAGCGAGGAGUCUGGUCAUGCCACGGGCUCAAAAGUCCAACGUCAGAGCAGCUCUUAAACAUCAGAAAUGGUCCAUGCACAGUGGUCAACACGACUUCGCAGAGGCCUGAUUUCUUUUUUUGGCACCUUUUUCGAGUUGUUAUGUUUUGCAUUUUUAUGGAAGAACCCAAAAUCCCAUUGACGGGAGCGAUUCAAGGGAGUGAAUGAUUCUUUCUCUCUAAGCACAUCAACACAAAGCACUUCAAAACUGACUGUACAUUAUCACAGGGACUUCACCCAAGCGGUCAUCAACAUCCUGAGAACAUUGGAAUUAUGUUGUGGCUCUGUAAUCUGCACAGCUGCAAUGUUCUGUCAACGUUAUGUUCAUGUUUGGACUCUCUGGGACUACAUUUUUGUGUAUAUAAGGAUUUGAUGAAUACUUGCAAACAAAAUGUACAUAUUUAAUAUUGUAUGUGCUUUCUCUUUUUCAUGUAGUCAUAGACCCAUUGAUAUAUUUUUGAUAUAAGGAAUUAUUGUGGAUCAAUUUUACUCUGUUCUUUAUGAAAACAUAAAAUCGAACCUUUUAAAGCAUUUGUAGACUGUCCAUCCAGUAAGUUACAUUACUUAGGCUCUCAUCGGGCUGUUUGCUUGCACUAUGUUUUUUGAACUCUCCUUUUGCUUGUCUCAACUACAGCCGUUUGUGAUCUUCUUUUCAGUUACUCUUUUCAGACUGAAAUCUGUCUCCACCUUCUCAGUCCCCGUUUACUCCUCUCUAUUUGAGUGUCUCUCCAUUGCUGUAAACUAUUCGAAAAUAUAAUUCACCACAGUGUUUCUCUUCCUCUCACAUUGUGCUUGUUUAAUAAAGUGUAAAUGUA